AUGAUGAUCACAACAAACCGUUGCCAAACCUUAUUUUCGUUUGCCUUUUUGUUCUAUUUCAUCCGUUUCUGUUCAGAAUUCUCAUGUGCCGCUUCAACUUCCAGAGUCAGUAUCAAACAUGGUGAUUUCAUCAAAGACAAAGAAGGUGAAAUUUUAGUCUCCAAUGGCUUCAACUUCGUGAUGGGUUUCUUCGGUUUUCAAAACUCUUCUUCUCGUUACGUUGGUAUUUGGUACCACAACAUUCCUGGACCCCAAGUUAUUUGGGUAGCAAACAGAAACAAACCCAUCCAUGGCAACAAUGGUUCCUUCACUAUAUCAACAAACGGAAAUUUAGUUAUCCUCGAUGAAAACAAAAAACAACUCUGGUCUACAAAUGUUUCCAUCAUUCACAGCAACAAAAGCAACUCCGAAGCUGUUCUUAAAGAGGAUGGUAACCUUGUUCUUUCAAAUGGGAAAGUGGUGUUAUGGGAAAGCUUUGAAAAUCCAAGUGAUACUUAUCUACCUGGCAUGAAAGUUCCUGUGAAUGGGAAGAGUGUUUUCUUCACUUCAUGGAAAUCAAGUACAGAUCCUUCAUUAGGGAACCAUAGUAUGGGAAUUGAUCCAGAAGGGUUACCACCACAGAUAGUAGUAUGGGAAGGAGAGAAAAGAAAAUGGAGAAGUGGUUAUUGGGAUGGUAGAAUUUUUACUGGUGUUGAUAUGACAGGUAGUUUUCUUCAUGGUUUUGUUCUUAAUUGGGAUACUAAUGGAGGAGAUAGGUAUUUUGUUUAUAAUAAUGAGUUAAUGUUGAAUGGUUUUGUGAGGUUUCAGAUUGGUUCGGAUGGUUAUGAAAGAGAGUUUAUUUGGAACCAAAAUGAGAAAAAUUGGACUGAGUUACAAAAAGGGCCUCAUAAUGAAUGUGAGAUUUAUAAUUUUUGUGGUGGUUAUGCAGUUUGUGGUUUGUCGGUUUCGGGUUCGGCUACCUGUAGUUGCUUACGAGGGUUUGAACUAAAGGAUAAAGGGGAUUUGUCAGGUGGAUGUAGGAGGAUGACAGCAUUGAAGGCUGAUAUGAGGAAUGGUAGUUUUGGAGAAGAUGGUUUUUUGGUGCUUAGGUGUAUGAAGUUGCCCGAUUUCGCGAAUGUGGUAGAUACUAGGGAUUGUGAAGGGAAUUGUUUGAAGAAUGAUUCUUGUACUGCUUAUGCAGAAGUUAUUGGAAUUGGUUGCAUGGCUUGGUAUGGUGAGUUGGUAGAUGUUCAAAAGUUUGAACAUGUAGGGAAUACAUUGCGCAUUCGUCUUGCUCGUUCUGAUUUACGCAACGGAAGGAAAAACAAAAAGAUCGUGAUUGUGAUAAUAUCGGCUGUUUUAGCAGGGUUAACCUGCAUAGGAAUGUUUGUAUGGUUGGUAUGGAGGAACAAGAGAAAACUCAAAGUUUCCACUGAUUCGCGUCGCAAAGAUAGUGAUGUAAUACCAAUGUUUGAUGCAAGAAAGAGCAGAGAGGUGUCUGCAGAAUUUUCAGGAUCAGUUGAACUUAGUUUGGAAGGAAAUCAACUAAGCAAAACUGAGCUUCCAUUUUACAAUUUUAGUUGCAUGUCAGCAGCAACCAACAAUUUUUCUGAACAAAAUAAGCUCGGACAAGGCGGUUUCGGUCCUGUCUACAAGGGAAAGCUUCCGAGCGGAGAAGAAAUAGCUGUUAAGAGGCUUUCGAGACGAUCGGGCCAAGGUUUAGAGGAGUUCAAGAAUGAAAUGAUGUUGAUAGCAAAAUUACAACAUAGAAAUUUGGUUAGACUAAUGGGAUGUUCUAUUGAAGGGGAUGAAAAGUUGCUUGUAUAUGAAUUCAUGCCAAACAAAAGUUUGGAUUGCUUUUUAUUCGAUCCUACUAAGCAAGCACAACUAGACUGGGCGAGACGUUUUGAAAUCAUUGAAGGAAUUGCAAGAGGACUGCUCUAUCUGCAUCGUGAUUCAAGACUUAGAAUUAUUCAUCGUGAUCUAAAAGCAAGUAACAUUUUGUUAGAUGAAAACAUGAAUCCAAAAAUAUCAGAUUUUGGCUUAGCCCGGAUAUUCGGUGGAAAUCAAAAUGAAGCCAAUACAACCAGAGUGGUUGGUACAUAUGGUUAUAUGUCUCCAGAAUACGCUAUGGAAGGUUUAUUUUCAGUUAAAUCAGAUGUAUAUAGUUUUGGUGUAUUGCUACUAGAGAUUGUGAGUGGCCGUAGAAACACUAGCUUUCGUCAUUCAGAUGAUUCGAGUCUCAUAGGUUAUGCGUGGAAUCUUUGGAACGAACGGCGACCAAUGGAACUUGUCGAUGGUUGCAUUCGUGCUUCUAGUCCUAAAAACAAAGUAUUGAGAUGCAUACACAUAGGGAUGUUAUGUGUACAAGAUUCAGCAACUCAUAGACCAAACAUGUCGAAUGUUGUGUUGAUGCUUGAGAGUGAAGCAACAACUCUUCCUUUACCUGUGCAGCCUUUGAUUACUUCCAUGAGAAGAUCUGAGGACAGAGAAUUUUACAUGGAUGGUGUUGAUGUUUCAAAUGAUCUCACAAUCACAAGGGUAGUAGGAAGAUAG